CACCUCAGCGGCGCUUGCUCGUCAGUAGCGGUGACAAUGUAGCAGCCGCAGGAGCCUUUCCCCCGCUCCGCUCGGGGAUCGCUGCUCACCCGCCCACCCCCUUUGCUCAUUCCUGGGGGCGCUGGGCGCUGCAGCCGGGGCCUGGGCGGCAUCCCCGCAUCCCCCAGCCUUGCGGGCGGCUUUGUUACCGGCUGCCCGCCCCCGGCGCCGCCCAGGCCCGCGGGGCUGCGGCCUCGGCCCCGGCCCGGCCGCCCCCACCCGGGGAAGAUGCCGGCGCGGAGGCGGGGGCUGGCGGAGGGGCGGGGGGCGCGGCCCCGCCGCUGAGGCGGCGCGGGGGCGGAGGGCGGCGCGGGCGCCCCUGCGCGGGAGGCGCUCGCCCCGCCGUGGGCGCGGAGGGGCCGCCGCCGCCGGCGGGAGCCGCGUGCCGCAAGGACGGGGUGACUCCGGCCGCCGCCCGGCUCCGCAGCGGCCGCGGGAGCCGCCCUCGCUGGAGCCUGCCGCGGGCGCGGAGCCGCAGUGCGCGCCUCGGCCAGAUCUCUGAACAACAACUUUUUUACGUGAGUUGACAGAAGAGGAGAAGAGAUGGCCAGCUCAGCCCGAGAGCACCUGCUCUUCGUGCGCCGUCGCAACCCGCAGCUCCGGUACACCCUGAGCCCCGAGAACCUGCAGAGCUUGGCCUCUCAGGGCACCAUGCCUGAGAACAUGAACUUGCAGCGUGCCAACAGUGACACUGAUUUAGUGACCUCGGAUAGCAGGUCGAGUUUGACAGCCAGCAUGUACGAAUAUACCUUGGGACAGUCUCAGAACCUCAUCAUUUUCUGGGAUAUUAAGGAAGAAGUAGAUCCAACGGACUGGAUAGGACUUUAUCACAUAGAUGAGAACUCUCCAGCCAAUUUCUGGGAUUCCAAGAAUCGGGGAGUGACUGGCACGCAAAAAGGACAAAUUGUGUGGCGAAUUGAACCUGGCCCCUACUUCAUGGAAUCUGAAAUAAAGAUCUGUUUUAAAUACUACCAUGGUGUUAGUGGAGCCCUCAGAGCUACUACUCCAUGUAUCACUGUGAAAAACCCUGCUGUGAUGAUGGGAGUAGAAGGCACGGAUGAAGGUGCUUCUGGAGCUCAGCACUCUAGGAAGUUGGUCAGCUUUACCCUAUCAGAUAUUAGAGCAGCUGGACUUAAAAAAGGCAUGUUCUUCAACCCUGAUCCUUAUCUAAAGAUGUCCAUUCAGCCGGGCAAGAAAAGUACAUUUCCUACGUUUGCUCACCAUGGCCAGGAAAGAAGGUCGACUAUCAUCAGUAACACAACUAAUCCUGUUUGGCACAGAGAGAAAUAUUCUUUUGUUGCACUUCUAACAGAUGUCCUGGAAAUUGAGGUUAAAGACAAAUUUGCCAAGAGUCGUCCGAUCAUCAAGCGCUUCCUUGGGAAGUUAACCAUACCCGUUCAGAGACUUUUGGAGAGACAUGCAAUUGGAGACCAGGUUCUCAGCUAUAAUCUUGGCAGAAGGCUCCCAGCUGAUCAUGUUAGUGGGUAUCUCCAAUUCAAAGUGGAAAUCACAUCUUCUGUUCACGAAGAUGCUUCACCAGAAACAGUUGGGACUUUGCUAGGAACCAACUCUGUAAAUGGAGACUUGGGGAGCCCCUCUGAUGAUGAGGACAUGCCAGCAGGACAUCACGAUACAUCCACGGUGUGUUCCAAUGGCCCAGUCUUUGAGGAGUCUUCUGGAGACACAAUCCUGAGACAUUCUUUAAGGACUAGUAGGACUCUGGAGACAGACCAGGAUGAGCUGACCUCUGGUGGUUCAAGAUCAUCUCCUCCCAGAGGUCGCCAGGACUCACUAAAUGACUAUCUCGAUGCAAUAGAACACAAUAACCAUCCCAGGCCAGGGACAUCUGCCUCUGGGGACCGUCCACGAGGAGCCUCCCCAAAACUGAGGAGUAGCUUCCCUACUGACACGAGACUUAAUGCUAUGCUUCACAUUGACUCGGAUGAAGAGGAGCAUGAGCUGCAUCAAGACCUGGGUUUUCCGUCUUUGGAAGAUGAUGGUGGUUUAGUGAUGCUUAAUGGUGCUACCAGAAACACUGAAAGAAAUGAAGUAAGUUCCUCAUCAGAUCAGGUAGUGCCGGGGCCUGCUGAGAGUGAAAGGGUUUCGGCCCCUGAUGCUCCUUUGCCAUCAGCUGAUGACCAGGAAGAGUCUCCCCCAGAGCUGCCACCUGCAGAGGAAGGAGGCGAAAGCCUGCAGGGCUCUCAGGCUGAAGGCGCAGCAGAGCAGGCUGGCAGCGAGUCCUCUGCCCCUCCGGAGGCAGAGCAGCCUCCCGGCACUGCAGACUCGGCAGCGGCUGAAGCCGCAGGUGGGAGCAGAAGGGGCGUCAGCGAAACCGAGUCCAUUGACCAAGGCUCGGAGCCUUCCCAGCUGUCGUCGGAGACGGAGCAGAGCGACCCGGCUCGCACCGAGAGCGUCAGCGAGGCCAGCACCCGGCCCGAGGGCGAGAGCGACGCCGAGGGGGCCGACAGCUCCUGCAACGAGAGCGCGACCGUGCGGCGCUCCUCCGUGGAGAUGCGCUGCUCCUCCUGCGAGAGCGCCAGGUUUCCCGAGACUCCAGCCUUCUCUCCCCAGGAGGAGGAGGAGGAGGAGGAAGGAGCCUGUGCCCCCGAGGCAGCUGCGGCGGAGCCGGGUGCCGAAGCGCAGGAGCCUGCGAGCGCCGCCGGUUCUCUGCCCGCCGUGCAGUUACCUCGGGAGGAGGCGCAGGAGGCUGAGGCAGGGGAACUGCAGGACCAAGAGGAAGCAGAGGAAAUCUGGCAAAGGAGAAGGAGCCUGCAGGCAGCAGCUGCCCAGAGCCAGUCUCAGGAUGAAGAAACUGAGGGAGCACAGGCAGCUUGUGAGGGGGCCACAGCGCAGCUUGAAGGAGCUACUGGAGGCUCUCCUGCCAAUGGCCAUCAGCCCUUGAGGUCCCUGCCGUCGGUGCGUCAGGACGUUAGCCGCUACCAGAGAGUGGACGAGGCCCUGCCACCAAACUGGGAGGCUCGAAUUGACAGCCACGGACGCAUUUUUUACGUGGACCACGUGAACAGGACAACAACAUGGCAGCGCCCCACAGCUCCCCCAGCCCCACAGAUUCUGCAGAGAUCCAACUCCAUACAGCAGAUGGAGCAGCUGAACCGCCGGUACCAGAGCAUCCGAAGAACAAUGACAAAUGACAGGCCUGAAGAGCACACAAAUGCCGUGGAUGGAGCUGCAGAGGAAGCUGAAUUUCACCAUUCUAAUUCAGAUUUUCGAAGAGAGAAUGUGCUGCCUCACUCUACCUCCAGAUCCAGACUUACUUUAUUGCUCCAGUCUCCCCCUGUGAAAUUCCUUAUCAGCCCAGAGUUCUUUACAGUGCUGCAUUCUAACCCUAGUGCCUACCGCAUGUUUACAAACAACACGUGUCUGAAGCACAUGAUCACCAAAGUCCGGCGGGACACCCACCACUUCGAGCGCUACCAGCACAACCGGGAUCUGGUGGGCUUCCUCAACAUGUUUGCCAACAAACAGCUGGAGCUGCCCAGGGGCUGGGAGAUGAAACACGACCAUCAGGGCAAGGCUUUCUUUGUGGACCACAACUCGCGCACCACGACGUUCAUCGACCCGCGGCUGCCCUUGCAGAGCAGCAGGCCCACCAGUGCGCUGGUCCAUCGGCAGCACUUGACUCGGCAGCGCAGCCACAGUGCUGGGGAGGUUGGAGAGGACUCCCGUCAUUCAGGACCCCCCGUUUUGCCAAGACCAUCCAGCACAUUUAACACUGUCAGCAGAGCUCAGUACCAGGAUGUGGUUCCAGUGGCUUACAAUGACAAGAUAGUUGCAUUUUUGCGGCAGCCCAAUAUCUUUGAAAUUCUACAAGAGCGCCAACCAGAUCUUACCAGGAAUCAUUCACUCAGGGAGAAGAUCCAGUUCAUCCGGACAGAGGGAACACCUGGGCUGGUGCGUUUAUCCAGUGAUGCAGACCUUGUCAUGUUACUCAGCUUGUUUGAGGAGGAAAUCAUGUCAUAUGUGCCGCCACAUGCCUUACUUCAUCCUAGUUAUUGCCAGUCCCCCCGAGGCUCACCGGUGUCUUCACCUCAGAACUCUCCAGGUACUCAGCGUGCCAAUGCCCGAGCUCCAGCUCCCUACAAAAGAGACUUUGAAGCCAAGCUGAGGAACUUCUACAGGAAGUUGGAGACUAAAGGAUAUGGACAAGGCCCAGGGAAAUUGAAAUUAAUCAUCAGAAGAGAUCACUUGUUAGAAGAUGCCUUUAACCAGAUCAUGGGCUACUCAAGAAAAGACCUGCAGAGAAAUAAACUUUAUGUCACGUUCGUUGGGGAAGAAGGGUUGGACUACAGUGGACCAUCAAGAGAGUUUUUUUUCCUGGUGUCCAGGGAGCUCUUCAAUCCAUAUUAUGGUUUGUUUGAAUAUUCAGCCAACGAUACCUACACAGUACAAAUAAGUCCCAUGUCUGCUUUCGUAGACAAUCACCAUGAGUGGUUCAGGUUUAGUGGUCGAAUUCUUGGUCUUGCUCUGAUACAUCAGUAUUUGCUGGAUGCCUUUUUUACAAGACCCUUUUAUAAAGCCCUCCUCCGAAUACUCUGUGACCUGAGUGACCUGGAAUAUCUGGAUGAAGAGUUUCACCAGAGUUUGCAGUGGAUGAAAGACAACGACAUACAUGAUAUCCUGGAUCUCACGUUUACUGUAAAUGAAGAAGUUUUUGGGCAGAUCACAGAACGGGAACUAAAACCAGGAGGUGCCAAUAUCCCAGUCACUGAAAAGAACAAGAAAGAAUACAUAGAGAGAAUGGUGAAAUGGAGAAUUGAGAGAGGAGUUGUACAACAAACAGAAAGUCUAGUUCGUGGUUUCUAUGAGGUGGUUGAUGCAAGACUGGUGUCUGUAUUUGAUGCUAGAGAACUGGAACUGGUUAUAGCUGGAACAGCAGAAAUUGACUUGAGUGAUUGGAGAAAUAAUACAGAGUACAGAGGAGGUUAUCAUGACAAUCACAUUGUAAUUCGGUGGUUCUGGGCCGCUGUGGAAAGGUUCAACAAUGAACAACGUCUAAGACUUUUACAGUUUGUCACAGGCACGUCCAGCAUUCCCUACGAAGGCUUUGCCUCUCUCCGCGGCAGCAACGGGCCCAGGCGCUUCUGCGUGGAGAAGUGGGGGAAGAUCACUGCUCUUCCAAGGGCUCACACUUGUUUCAAUCGUCUGGACCUUCCCCCUUACCCAUCAUUCUCUAUGUUAUAUGAAAAACUGUUGACAGCAGUAGAAGAGACAAGUACUUUUGGACUUGAGUGAUACACAAACCACAGUGCCCAGCUCAUUGGACUUUUGUGGAUCUGUCUUCUCAAGGAAUGAAUGAACAUUUCUAUUGGAUUUCCUAGAGGAAAAUUGUUUCAUGGUGCAAUUCAAAUAAUGAGGUUCCACGAAGGAGCUUGUGAAGCAAUUAAAAAGCAUUGUGGUAGUGGCAGAAUUCUCAACAGUGAAACUAGAGUGUGCCUGGUGUGCAGGGAAAGCCAAGUCUUGCAAUCCAUGGGGUUUUGGGAUGGCUGCACUUCCUAAGUUUAUGUUCUGAGCAAACCAGAAACGUGAUGCCAUGUUGUGAUCCAUCUGGCUGCUGCAAAACUGACAUGUACCCAAGGACUGGAUUUCAUCAGAGUUGUUCAAUAGAAAAUUCAAGUCAAAAUGUGAAAUCAUUCAGUCCCUUACCUACCCAGUAAAUUAUCAAAAAAGCAUACAGCCGAACUUUUAUAAAUUCUUUUGGUUUUUUUUUAAUUCAUGAAGGUACAUUACUUUAUGCCAUAUGUUAUAACAGCAUAUCCAACACUUGCUUUACCUAAGACUACGAGUGCCUGCCUGGGGAACACCAUAGAGCUCGAGUUCCUGGGGCAGAAGUGAGUUGGAAGGAAAGUCAGCAACAAAGGAUGUAACAACGGCUUGUGCAUUGAGGAGGUUUGUGGAAAUGCAUUUGCCAGUGGUGUGUAUGACAAAAUAUGAGCUGUUACAAUGAACUUACUAACUUAAUAAGACUGAUUUUAUGCUUUAUACUGCAUGGAAACUAUUUUAAGAAGAAACUAGCAAUUUAUCACAGCAUAUCAGGAAAAAACCCUAACACAGUGAUUUCUGUUUAUUUUUAUAGGUUCAUUAUAUUAUGUUUCUUAGAGUAUAAACAGGAAACAAGCAAACAAAAGUGUUAUUUCUGUUUUGUCACUUUCCAUGCUUGAACAGACAUUCUGCUAGUGUUUAUUCUUUAAGCACUCUCCAGGGAAAAAAAUGCCUUUUAUUUUUAUAAGAGUAAAAAAACUCCCGAAAAUAUUUUGCACUGAAUGUACCAAAGUUGAAGGGACAUUAUGAUCUGACUGAUAGCAAAUUGCAUCACUAUCAAAUAUCUAUAAAAAUGCUUAGGAACCAGGCUUUCUUCACAGUGCCAUGUCUGUAGAUAUCAGGACUGUGCACAUAAGUAAUAAUUUUAUAAUACUAUAUGUGAUAUUGUAAUAUGCAUUUAUUUUAAAUGCAUCUGGGUCAUUUUUCAUGCAUUGGAUAACUUAAUGCAGUGGAAUUUAAUACAGAUAUUUCAUAUACUCCCCACAACUUUUUAUUUGUACAGCACUGUAAGACACUAGCUCAUUUGGAAAACCAUGAAUAACUUCUUUAAGGUGAGCCACUGGUCAUAAUGCCACUGUCCUGUAUCAGUGAACACCUACAAGAUGUAAACUGUUCGUAGUGUCCAAGCUUGCAUUUUCACUGAUAAAUAGUUUUCUUAUCCAAUGUUCUUCGAAGCAGUUUCUAUGGCAUAUCAAACACUGCAUGGACACCAGUUUCUUUAUGCUUAAUUUUGCUGAAAUACACGAGGCUUGCUCGCUUCUAUUUUUGGUACUUUUCCUCCAGAUGGUCUUGUGGAACACUUGUGCAGCUGUGCCUCAUUUCUCGCACAGCUGCUGUCACGCGCUGCAUCCACCACAUUUUAAAAUGGCAGGAGUUGCGCUUGGAUAUGGAUGGCAAGAACACGAAUCCCAGCUCUGUGCUAGCCCUUUUGGUAGUGCUGCAGCACAGCGAGCCCUGUUCUGUGGGAAAAGUAGCUUUUGGAGUAACCUUCUCGCUUUGGAGGCUCUUGAAGGGGCGUCUGAGGGAGGUGUCCUGCUUGUUCUGGUGGGAGGUUUGUUCCAGCGUCCCUGGAGAUGUCGUCAGCAGAGACUGCCAGUCACCCUCCGAGGCAGAAGGCAGCUGCAGCUGUGGUGGUGACUGAGAAAACCCUUCAGACUUACUGAGGAAAUGUCACAUGUGCAAAGGAAAAGCAAAAUCAGGGGGAAAGCAUUCUUUUAUUUCAAGGAUAAUUGAGCUUCUGCAUGACAUCUGGGACUCUCUUAAGUAACGUAGGUUUUCUUAGGCUACUUCUGGCUGGUAUGAAGUAGCAGAGAAAAAUCCAAACACUUCACCCUGUUUCUACACGUAUAUUUAUCAGUCUUUGCUAAGAUUGCAUGUCACGGGUCCUAAUGCACAUCUCUUUUCAGAACAUGAAUGAGCAGUAGGCAAACUGACUUUUCAGCAGGUCACUCCAGCAUGGCUCAUGUUUCAUGGGAUCCAUUCCCUGAGUAGCUAAAAUUCUGGCACUCAGAGCAGAAUGCAGCUUCUGAUUGGUUGAAGGACUGCAGAAUUUUCAUUUUACAAUACUGUGUUAUCUGUGGUCUUAAAAAAGAGAUUUCCCAGGUGGAAACUGUAUCUACAAGUUUUGAACCAGAUACUCUUUGGAAUGAAAAGUUAAAAUAUUUGGCACAAAGUAAGUUUAUACUAGUUUGCCUUUUAAGUUAUGCUUUUGUACAAAACUAAAACAAUAAAUGCAUCUUGUCAAUUUUUAUUUAAAUAUAUCUACUGCACCCAUUUGUUCUGUAUUUAUGCAUGUAAAAAUAAUUGAAAUCAGCCAUGAUAAUCCAAUAUUCUGUAAAGAUGUGACAGGGUCACGAGUGGGACAGCUGUCAGUUAGAAAAUAGAUAAAUAAAUUAAAAAUCCAGAAUCUUUGUAGCACUAAAGCCAAGAGAGACUAAGGAGAAGUUGCUGCUUCCUCCUGUGCUGCCAACAUGCCCUGGGGGCUCUAGAAAAGCGCUGUGUGAAGGUUGAGGUGUCAGCUGGGUACAGCUCCCUGUGCUGCCUCCAGCACUUGGUGUAAGUGAUGCUGCUGCUCUAAGGGAUUAGCAAGGAGGGAGCAGAGGAGAGGAAGCCUGAGCUUAGGAGAAACCCACAUCUCCUAGCAACAGCUUGGAAUGUUCUCCCUUUGGUUUUGGAAGCCAUUCCCAUUAAAUGUGUCCCCAGGGAAAGCCAUCUUUCAUGUCCUGCAGCUGGCUGCAGCAGGUGACCACAGUGCAAUUGCUUAUGACACAGUGUAGCAGGGAUGAGGGUCCACACAGAGCAAGGCUGAGGGAGCCUUUCCAAAGCUCUGUAUCUCCUUGGAGCUUUUCCAGAUGGUGCUAAGGAGCUUUGCAUUUAGGAAGGAAAAAGUCGACAGAAGAAUCCCUUCAGCCAAUGACAACUCAUACCAACUUAACCCGCAGCAUCUCCGUCACACAGAGGCUGGCAGGGGAGGUCCCUGCAGGAAUUGAAGUGGGGUGCCCAAGUUUCCUGCUCUGCUGGGAAGUGGAGCCACACAUCAGCAGGCAAAAAGCAGCUCCCAGGUCACUGCAGCCUGGGCAGGCUGGCAGCAGAGUGGCCUCUGUCCCCCACAUGCCAGGACAGGCCCCCUCUCCCCAGGUCCCAGCAUCCCAGCCCUGCACAGGUGUGCUUUGCUCACCUGGCACUGCUGGCAGUAAGGUUGUAGCCAGAACACUCCUAAAUACACCACAAAAACUUGGAAUCAGUGAGGUUGUGCAGUGUGGCACCUGCUGUAGCAAGCAGUCACCCAUUGCGAGUCUGCGGGCCAGCAGCAGUGAGGGGAGUGGUGCCUUUGCCCACAGCAGCAGGGCACAGCCAUCUGCCACCUCUGUCACACCACCUGCAGCACCUGGCAGGGCAGGACAGGACAGGAAAGCCUUUCAAUCCAGACCUUUUUUCCCACCCACUCCCUGCCUGCUGUUUUUCCUUGGUAUUCAUCAAAUAUUCACCUCCUUUUGCUUUUAAACAUCAUUGUCAUUAUCCUGUACUUAAUGACCUUACCAUAAAAAAAUGCUAAUAUGGCUCAGAGAGUAUAUGGGGUGAGCUAUUCUGUGUUCCCAGGCAAGCUGCUCAUGGGCACCACAUGAGCUCCACAUGGCAGCAGUCAGCCCUGGGUCACAGCGGGCAGGGAAUAGCUGUAAUCUUCGGGAAAACUGAAAAUCUGAGCAGCAGUGCCCUGGCAGGACAUCACACAGAGCUUCUGGUAGGAGCUGGACUGGUACUUUGCUCAGUUAAAAUUAUAGGAAAGAGAAGAGGUUUGUGGUUUCUUAUGUAUUUUUAAUCCUUUAAAAAAGUUUUAAAAACAAAUUCCUUCUGAAGCAUUUACAAUGGUAUCAUCUGGUUGUUAAAUGUGAUCUCAGCAGUAUUAAUUGCAGAUGUUUACUGAGUUUCUGCAGUGGUAGCUGCAGAGUUUUAUGGAGCUGAUUGAAGCACUCUGUCUCUGCACUGAGGGAAUCCCUGUUCACAUCAGGGAAACUUCAGCAUCUGUGUUUGAAUGGCCAGUGUAAGUUCAUUUCCCAUAUCAUAAAGCAAGUUAUUUAUUUUCAGUGAAUGAAACUUAUCUGCAUUAAGUUAUACUAAUAGUGUUGUUUUUCCUGCCAAUUUUUUUUUACGUGGAGGGUUAAUAUAUUCCUGUUAGCACUAACGGGAUUUGAGCUGAAGGUUGAUCUCCAGUCAUAAGAUUGCAGAUGUAGCUACUGUUGUUUCCCCUUCUCACCCUUUUUUCUCUGGGCAAGCAAUUGAACUCCAAGUAAAAUUUCAGAAGAAUUACUCAAAGCUGGCUUCUUAAACUGUUUGUGUUUUGGCUCAAUAAUGUGCUAUAAAACAGAACUGCAGAAAUGCUAUGGAUUGACUGGCUUAUCAGUUUAAGUAAAAAAUUCUUUACAAUUUUGUUAGUGCAACCACAGUGGCUGCUGUUGGACUAGUUUAACCUUUUGCCUAAAUAUUUUACAAUAAAAAAGUUUUGGAGGUUAAAUUUGAAAUUACUUGUUAGGUAAAUAGUAGAGGAAAAUAAUAACUUUACUGUAAAGGCAGUUAGCAGUAUGCAGAAUUACAAUGCUGACCCUCCAAACACAGCAUUUUCACAAUGAAAGAUGGUUUAUAUUUUGCAUGUCUUCCAAAUAGACCAUGAACUUCGUAGUGCUUCUGUUCAGCUUUAGACUAACUAAUUUUGGCAUUAGGCUACUACUAUUUGGGAUGUUCAUUGCUAUGAAAUGUUUUUUACUUAAACAUUUGUAGUAUUUUUACUAAAUAUUUUCUUUAGGACUUUACUUCAUAGGCUUUGCUCAGAGCCAUAUUAUGCUGUAGGUAUUUUAAGGUAAAAUCAUGAUUAUUUGAUAAUUCUCUUUUGUAUGACUGAUCUUCUGGCCACUGUUUAGAAAGGUUCCUUCUGAUUUUUGGUUAAAGGAUGUCAGUCAAAGACUCCUGGAAUGGUUACAAUCCAUUGAAGUGUCUGUAUGUAUUCAAAAUGCAUUUAAAAAUACCUCCUGAGGACUACGUGAAAUUGUUGCUACACUCAUUGAUUAGCCUCUUUCUAAGUCAAUAUUUCAAAAUUUGAACUUGUUUCCUCUCAGAUUACAUUGAAGAAUAAUUAUACAAAAUUUUUAACUGGAGAUGUAGUCUUACAAAUUUCUCAAAACUAUGAAUGUGAAAGGGAGCCGAGCUAUGCUGCUCUCAUCCUUUCACCCGUUAGAAAACUUCUGAAUAAUGAAACCUUAUAUUUUGGGUUGCAUUUGUUUCUUGUUCAGAACUUUGAGAAGCUUCUCAUUCAGCCCGUGUUAGAAAAAGCCUUGCCUACUUUGAGGCUUUUGUUAAGCACUCGGGAGGUAUAUUGUUCAACUAAUUUAACAUCCCUUUGUGCUGACAUCAAUUAGCUUUUAAAUGUAUAGACCUACAGAACUCCACAGGACUCUGGUCUCCCUUAUUCUGGGCUGCCUUCCAAAGCCAUCCAUCCUAUCCCUUUUGAUUGCACAUAAUCCUACAGUCACCCAGGGACAAUUGCUGACCACCUACACUGACUGUAGCUGUAGUAUCACAGUAAGACUCUGGGUUGGGGUUUGCUUGCAGAAGCAGCUCCCUCAGUCCAGAGUUGACAGGAUGACUGUUACUCUGACAUCAAGACUGAGCUGUUCAAUAAAAAUAGUCGUAAAAGUCAUUUUGAAAAUAGUUGAUUAGAUAUCCAAGGGUAAAAUGUCUUUUGGUUUUGGUUUUGCAAAAUUAUUGAGGCAGGGAAUUUUGCUUGCAAUGCUUUAUAUUGCCAGAAUUUGUGGGCUCCAGGGGCUGCCCCAGGCUGUUGGCCAGGUGGGUGCAGAGCCUUUGCAGUGAGGCAGGUGAUGCUGAUCCAGAAAUCACAGCAGCAGGGGAUCUGUUCUGUAGUGAGCACUGUGCCUUCCACAGCUGGAGGCUUUCUCAUGCAGCCCUUGAGCUGGAUUCUUCCCAAAAGCUCGUUCUGUCUGUGAUGCCUGCUACUUGCAAUACAAGCAGCUCAUGACACACUCCACUGACUAUUCAACAUCUCUCAUUUUAAACGAGGAUUACGUUUUUCUUAGUUAGGAAUGCCCAUCCAGCAGCAUAAGGUCAAUAAAAGAGGAUUUUGCUGAGACAUCAUAAUUGAUUGCCAUGCUGACUGCAGUCAGACGUUGGAGCUCACUAAUUUUAAAGUAGAUUAGUGUAUGAAUAAGAAAAUAACUCUCGGAAGCCUCAUAAAUAAUUCUAAGAAGGAAUGUAAUUGUAGGUGCUGUAAUGAUAAGACAGGGCAGUUCCACACAGCACACAAGAUACAGCCAUAGAGGAGUGCUGGAGUGAGCACAAGCCUGAGAGCAGGCACAGGGAAAGGACUGCACUGCGAGGGUAGGGAGCAGGACAGUGAGCUGUGAUGAGCCCUGGGAUAUAAAACAGGACACUUCCUGCUUGAAAAUUAGGCUGUGAUAAUGCACCUAGGAAAAAAUGACUGCUCAUCCUGAAAUACACUGGUGUUACUGCAACUGCAGGACAUGCUUUAACUGAUUGUUAGCUUUUGAAAAUCUAAGUACAGAAAAUUUACUUCUACGUGGUUUGUCUUUUUUGUUUUGUUUUAUUGGGACUGGAUUGGUUUUUUUUAUUUGGGCUAUUUUCAGGAAAACGAAGGCUUCUAAAUAAAAUAAGGGUGGUGUCUGGAAGUGGUCUUUUGUUUGUACAAGUAACAACUGUUUAUUAUAAUCUGCAUUUGGCAAGGGAUAUCACUUCUGAUAAAAGGUUAAAUCAUCACAACCAAUGGUGACUUUCCUUUUCAAUGUGAUGGGGCAAAUCCCUAAUGUUAGAUGUGUCAAAAUGCAGAUUUUGGGGGUUUUUUUAAGAUACUUGAUAUUUGCAUUAUGGUUGUGUAAGAACCAUGCAUUUCCACAAAGACAAGGAUUGAUGUGGCAUUUCCAAAGCUUAAUUAGGGUAAUUAGAAUAUUCUCAAUGACCUAGGUAGCUUUAGCCAAGCAGAUGCAAAUCUUGAUUCCAUUCACACUCUAAUGACGUUAUAAAAAAAAAUACUGUGUAAGAGGGUGGGAGGGUUUCAUGAUGGGUUUCUGUACCUAAAAGUUGACCUGUUUUUUUACCUGAAAGACAAGACUAUUGAAUGAUUCAAUACGAGAGUCAAAGGAAGAAUUCUUUGUGAGUUUUCUUCUGCAACAUGGUUACUGAGAUGGUAGGAGUUUUAUAUAAACCUGAAGUCCUAAA